ACACGUCGUUCGAAACCGACGGGUAGAGAAGCCGAUCGGCAAAGCUUAUUCCCGGCAAAAGUUUGCAGUCUGAGAAAAAUGUCCGAUAUCUCUCGUCUUUGCAGUCUGAUCGACGAGUCUCUCCGUCCAUACACGGAACCACAGACGGCGGUGGUUUCUUUAACCAAAGAGAAUGAGAAAGUGAUUCUUAUAGCUCUUUCUAAGGUCGUGAAAGAAAUUCAGCUUUGGACUCGAAAAAUUGAUCUCUUUUCUGACGAUGGCAAGAAAGUGGAAUCGGCCUCUAGCAGUGCAUGUUCAUGUAGCUGCAGCGCACACUCCGAGAACGACCACUGUUUGGCUAAGAUCGUAGCUGACUUGGUAGUGUUGCUAACUUUCGAGAGCCAGUAUGUUCGACAUCUGGCAGGAAAUGCUAUUAGUUUCAUUUCAAAGUUUUUAGCAGAAUCUGAAGGUGAAUGGGACAGAUUCAUCCAUUUCCUAUGCGUUUGCAUGGAAUUGGCCAUCACCAACGCACUAUCAUAUCCUUCUGUAACAUCAACCACUGAAGCUGAAGACUCAAAUCAUGAUUCAUUAAACUUAUAUGCUGCUGUAAAGCCUAGACUGAAAAAGGCUGACUUGUCUACAGUGACUGGCAUUAUUCAAGUUCUACGUAAUAUCUUGAAGUAUUUGAAACAAGACGCUGAUGAUCACCUUCUUGAGGUGUUUUUAGAUUCUGUAGAUUCGUGUCUUUCAAAUGUGCGCUGGGAUCUAUUGGAUGAGAUUUAUGAGGGUAUAAACAGAGGCACUCAGAAGAGUUCUUCUGCAGAUGCUUCAUAUCUCAGAAACAUCAAUGGGUUGGAGCCGCGUGUCAUGUUUCUUGGAAUGUUUCUUCAACUUCUCUGUUCCUUGGUUGACCAAAUUGAUUUCACGGAAGCCGCAAGUGGUUCAUAUAAGCAUCCAAUUCAUCUUAAAAUCGUGAACCUCGUGCCUAAAUUUUUAUACUGGUGCCUCGGUAAGCAAGGAGAUUAUGCCGAUGCAUGCAUCCCUCAGUACUUUAGACACAAGUUGUUGGUCCUAAUGAUCAGGCUUAGUUCUCAAAUACAUCUGGAAUGUUCCAUUCUUGUUUCAUGGUUGCAACUACUCUAUACCUACUUUCAAGUGCUUUUGUGGCAGCCCAUAACUCAACCUGAGUCUUGUCAGGAUGAGUGUCUAGAAGGUUCUCCAUUUUUAUUGAGUGUUUCUGAUGGAGAAAUGCGUGCCUUGCACUCACGCCAUAUACAGAGGCAGGCUAUUUUUCUUUUCAUAAAGUAUUCCUUCAGUUUGAUCAGUCCGAAAGCAGAUGCUGACAAGCAAUGCGAAUGCAUAACUCCAAACUCAGACUUAACCUUAACUUUUGACCUGGACUGUUGCUGUAGAAAGGAGGGCUUAUUAGCGCUCUAUAAGUGGUUUCAAGGGCAUCUUCUAGCUGAAACAUUUCUGGACCAUGAAUUGUAUUUUGAAAGAUGUAUAACCUUUACAUCAUCUUUCCUCCAGUUAUUCUUGCAUGAGGACGAUAUGUUGUUUAAAAUGCUCUUGCAACUGCUUGGUGUACCUUUCUUCCCAGAGCAACAAGGAAAAGGGAAUUUUCAGGAUGCAGAGGAGGAUACUCUUUUUCAUGUUUCAAAUCUUUUUAAUCCUAUACACUUAUUCCAUCUAUUUCUUUUAGAGUUACACUAUGAUCACCAAGUCCUUCUUGAUUACCUUAUUUCAAAAGACACAGGAAUCAGUUGUGCAGAAUAUCUUUUAAGGUGCUUACGUAUGGUAUGUGACUCAUGGUGCUUAUUUGUGGAAUUUUCAUUGGAUGGGAAAGGCAUAAAUCAAUCAUCUUACAAAAAAAGAAAAGUGACACUCGGCGGCUCCAAAGUUUUGGCAGAUGUGACGCCUAGACUUGUGCUAAACAAUGAAACUUGUAUGUCAGUUGAGAAGGAAUGUAAGCGAGACAAUCAAUAUGGCCAUAAAAAAUAUAUAACACAGCCAUUUGAAGAAGCCAAGGAGUGUUUGCUUUCGUUGAGAAAUUCUGUUGAAAGUCUUCAUGAGAAGAAUCUGUUUCCGUAUAAUCCAAAAGUGCUUCUGAAACGAGGGGGUUUUGAGGGAAUACUUUUUGUUCUUUUUUCCCACGAAAGGAAAUAUUUAAUGUAUCCUUGGUUCUUGAAUGUCUAUUCUCUUCUGAACUAAUGGACUGGCCUAUUGAUAAAGAAGUUGGAGAUCUCGGUGAGACCAAGUUAUCCAAACUGCUUACUCUCUUCUUGCAGUUUGACAAGAUUUCAGGAGCUCUGCUUGAAGAAAGAGAGAUAUUUUUGAGGAAUUAUUUAGGAGCUUCAACCCCGACAAAGAAUGCAGAGUGUCGUUUGUUUCUUUGAAGUACAGGGUGACAAUAAGACCAUAUAAUCAGCAGGAGAGGCUUAGCUGUUCUAGAUGUUUUAGAUGAAUAUGGUUACUGGUGAUGGAAACAGAUCAAGGCAAAGUGUGAGAGACAAUAGUUGCAAAUGCUCUGCUCAAAAGCUUGUCUCGAGCCCUUCCAGUGUUGUUGCACAAAGAGGCAGUGGAGGUAUCUUAAAUUAAAAUAAUUUUGUUUGAUAUGUUUAAUUCGAUAUACAGAUUUGCUUUAAAAAAAAUGUGUAAAGGAAAGAAACGUUAGGACUCAUAUGGAUA